AUGUCUUCUUGGUUCCAUUUAUUUUUACUAAUUACUGCUAACUGUAUAUUAGCGUUAUUUGCAUCAACAGCUGAUUGUGAUAGCUCAAAGAAGGAUUACUGCAAUGCGAAACAGCAGAGAUUGAGCAUUGAUAUCGAGAAGCAUCGAGAAGAGCUCAUCGAAUCAAUUUCUCCAACAGAUAUUGAAGGAGGAGAAAAAGAAGAUGAAAUUUUACAACCAGAAAGAGAGGAAGAAAUAAAAUUUGAAAGAAUGAAGAUUUUUGAAGAUGCAACACGCUUACUAACUCGUAACAUACGAAAUGCAAUGGCUUGGAUGUCCGGUGCUGAUUCGAACGUUGGUUUGGUUAACAAUUUACAAAACAAUGAUUUAAUCAAAGAUAAACGUGUAAGAGAUGCUAUGUUGAAAGUGGAUCGAGGUGAUUUUACAACUGUAACACCAUAUGGUGAUCAUCCGGUUUCGAUCGGUUAUGGUGCUACAAUCAGUGCUCCGCAUAUGCAUGCAUCUUCUCUUGAGCUUCUGAAGGAUCAUUUAAAAGAAGGGAAUCGAGCAUUGGACGUCGGAUCGGGUUCUGGUUACUUAACAGCUUGUAUGGCAAUAAUGGUUGGUAAAAGAGGAAAAGUGGUUGGCAUAGAUCAUGUUCAAGCUUUGGUGGAUGAUUCAAGACGUAAUAUCAGGAAACAUCAUGAGGAUUUACUAACCGAUCGCCGUAUAAUUCUUGUAAAAGGAGAUGGUAGGAAAGGUUAUGAAAAAGAGGCACCAUACAAUGCUAUUCAUGUUGGUGCUGCUGCACCUGAAAUCCCUAUUCAGUUAAUAGAGCAGCUUGCUAAAGGUGGAAGGAUGUUGAUUCCGGUUGGUCCCGAAGGCGGUCGUCAACGGUUUGUACAGGUUGACAAGGAUGUUAAUGGGAAUGUGACACAAAAAAAAUUAAUGGAUGUAAUAUAUGUCCCCUUAACUAAUGAAGAGCACCAGCUUUACAACUGA